AAAUGCAGCUGACAGCUAUACAAACCAUGAGAAUGCUUGUCACUGAGAGAGCCAGCAUGGGUGACAAGAACAAUGGAUUUGAUGUGCUUUACCAUAACAUGAAGCAUGGCCAGAUGUCAACAAAGGAGCUGUCUGAAUUCAUCAGAGAGAGGGCUACCAUUGAAGAAGCAUAUGCAAGAUCAAUGACCAAACUGGCCAAAUCAGCUAGCAAUUUCUCACAGUUAGGGACGUUCGCACCAGUGUGGGACGUUUUCAAGACCUCAACCGAAAAGCUGGCGAGCUGCCAUUUAGAGUUAGUUCGGAAACUUCAGGAAUUAAUAAAGGAAGUUCAGAAGUACGCAGACGACCAAACAAAGGCGCACAAGAAGACGAAGGAGGAAGUCGCCGCCACGCUGGAGGCGGUGCAGAACAUCCAGAGCAUCUCUCAGGCCCUGCAGAAAUCCAAGGAGAACUACAACGCCAAGACGGUGGACCAGGAGCGGCUUCGCAAGGAGGGGGCGGCGCCCAGGGAUGUGGAGAAGGCUGGAGUGAAGGCCAAGAAAGCCACAGAGUCCUACAAGUCCUAUGUUGAAAAGUACGCCACAGCAAAGUCUGAGUUUGAGCAGAAGAUGGCUGAAACCGCUCAGAAAUUCCAGGACAUUGAAGAGAAACACAUUCUCCACAUGAAGGAGAUCAUCCAGUCAUACUCCCAGUCCAUAGAGGAGACGCACGUUCAGAUAGGAGAGGUUCACAAGGAGUUUGUAAACAACAUGGAGAACACUACAGUGGAGAGCUUGAUACAGAAGUUUGCGGAGAGCAAGGGAACUGGGAAGGAGAGGCCCGGACCCAUUGAGUUUGAAGAAUGCAACACUGCUGUUGCCACUGAAGGAGCAAAGCCACGGAAGAGAAAACCAUUUGCAAUACCAGGGCGCAGGAAAGACAAGGACACAGACUCAACGGAAUCUACAGAGGCUGAAUCUGUUAAGACAUCCAAUGGAGCUCCCCCUGGCUAUUAUGGGACAAUAGAUUUUCAGAAUGCUAAUGUCCCCCAGGUUGAUGAAGAGGGCUUCUGCAUCAGGCCUGAAGCAAAUGAAAAUGAUGCCAAAGACAAUUCCUUCUACUCAUCGAGUGACUCCGAUGAUGAAGAUGAACCCAGGAAGUUUCAUGUGGAGAUCAAACCGGUCCAGCCCAACAACAGGAACCACCAAUCACGGUCCUCCAUAGACGAGCUGAAGGCUUCCAUCGGGAAUAUCACACUUUCCCCCUCUGCAUUGAGACCUAGCCCGGGUCAGAUGAGGAGGAAUACGUCCAGUGAUGAACUUGUGAGGUCCAGGCAGCAGUCAGCCUAUAAUGACAGCAAGCUGGUCAGUAACGACCUGCUGUCCUUGGACCCCUUCGCCCCUCCCCAGGCAGGCUCCUCUUCCUCUGUGUCCUCCUCUGCAGAACCUGAAGUUUGUACCUCUAGUGAAACAGCUGAGGUGCUGGUGCACCAGGAGGGCUCCCCCUUUCCCGCUUCCUCGCCCGCGUUACCCUGGAAUUUAGUUGACGAGCCCGUCCUGGGACUAAAGCCGCUCCCGCGCACAGAGGGCGCCUCCCCCAUGCAGCCCGACGGCACGGCGGCAGCGGCCGGGCCCUCCCAGGAGAGCGCGGAUGUCUUCUCCUCCGUAUCUUGGGCCCAGAGCCAGUGGAUAGCCUUCAAUGACGAGCUUGCGCCGUGCAGACGGCCAAAUGCCAGUCCCAGGGAGCACCAAAGACCGCUGUCACUGCCGCCGGCCAAAGCCUUCAGGUUCUUCUCGGACGACCCGAACGACCCGUACAAUAAAAUCGCGUGCCGCGCCGGUCUGUUGUUCGAAGAGGGCGCCUUCCCCUCGAGGCUCUCUCCAGCUGCGGCGGACGAGAGCUCGAAGUCUCCCGCUAACCACGCGCACAACGCAGCGUCCGCGCAGGCCCGGCCCACCACCCCGCUGGCAGUCGGAACCAUAGUGCCUCCGCCCCGACCGCCCUCCCGACCAAAACUGCCGUCUGGCAAACUUGCCGGCAUCAAUGAAAUUGUCAGACCCUUCAGCCCACCAAAGACGUCAAACGCCAGCCCUCCCCCGGCGGCGCCCCUGGCCCGUGCGGAGAGCUCCUCCUCCCUGUCCUCCACCGCCUCCCUGAGUGCCGGCAACACCCCCACUGUGGACGAGGACGCGUUCGUCGGGAAGCUGCCCACCUUCGAAAAGCGCAGCGAGACCCCCGCAGGAACAUCCCGCGGGCCCAGCCCAGUCACGCUGGGGUCCCAGGACUCUCUGCCCAUUGCCGUGGCCUUCACCGAAUCGGUCAACGCCUACUUCAAAGGCGCUGAUCCCACAAAGUGCAUUGUCAAAAUCACCGGUGACAUGACGCUGUCCUUCCCCAGUGGCAUUAUUAAGAUCUUCACCAGCAACCCGUCUCCGGCGGUCCUCAGCUUCAGGUUGAAGAACAGCAGCAGGCUGGAGCAGAUCCUGCCCAACCAGCACCUUCUCUACAGUGAUCCCUCUCAAAGCGACUCCAGCACUAGAGACUUCUGGAUGAACAUGCAAGCUCUCACGGCCUACCUCAGGAAAGCAUCAGAGCAGAACCCUACUGCCUCCUACUACAAUGUGGACAUCUUGAAAUACCAGGUCUCCUCGAACGGGAUCCAGUCCACUCCGCUGAACCUGGCUGUGUACUGGAAGUGCACCCCGACCACCACCGACCUGCGGGUGGACUACAGAUACAACCCAGAGUCCAUGCUGACCCCGGGCCCCCUGUCCAACGUGCAGGUGCUCGUCCCCGUGGACGGGGGCGUCACCAGCAUGCAGUCCCUGCCAGCUGCCAUCUGGAAUGCAGAACAGAACAAGUCCUUGUGGAAGUUGAGUGAUAUCUCAGAGAAGUCUGAGAAUGAAGGUUCAGGAUCACUCAGGGCCAAGUUUGAACUGUCAGACGGACCUAGCAACCCCACAACACUUGCAGUGCAGUUUCUCAGCGAAGGGAGCACUCUCUCUGGAGUCGACCUGGAACUUGUUGGGACGGGCUACAGACUUUCCUUGACUAAGAAGAGAUUCGCUACAGGACGAUAUAUGGCAGACUGCUGAUGCUGCAGAACUGUUAGUCCCACAAAGCACAAUUUCACUAUUGAAAGUGUCUUUUCAAUAUUUUACUCUUCGUCUGGUCUUUUUGUCCUAUUUAUGGAAGGUGGAAGCAAAUCUGAAGGGUUUCAUAAUACCUUUUUUUCUUGACAUUUUGAAACAUCUUUGCAUAAAUUGAAAUGCACCUUUUGGAAGAAAUAUUUUUACUACAUGAAAAUUAGCACUGAAUUUUGAACACUGUUUAAAAAAAAAUAAUAAAAAAUGUGGGCUGUCAGGAACUUUAUGAAAUUAAAAUUCUUUAACCUUUGAUUUAUUCAGACUUUUAUAAAGUCAAAACCGUAGUGUUUAUUUGAUAUGUAUAGAUAACAAUACUUGUAAUACGAAUAUAUCGGACUGCUAAAAAUCUAAAAACCUGCACUAACAAUCUUUCCUGCCAUUUUACAAAUGUUUAUUUCUCCUGUGCAUAAUAUUCAGCUUUAGCUCUGCCAGUAAUUUUGAACUUAGACAAACCUCUAAGGCUGGAAUGAGAAUAACAUAUUAAUGCAUGCCUUCCUACAGUUUCCCUCAGUGUGUCUUUAUCAUUAUAUUUACCAGGAAGGCUUAACAUUUUAGUAUGGCAGCCAAGAUUAGAUUGUGAUACUUUCUUUUUUUUUUUUUUUUUUUUUUAAACUUGUUUCCCGAUCUUGUGCAAUGACUCAAUUAUAAGCUGUCUUAAACUGAACGGACUCAAGUGUGGCACAGAUAGAUUCAUGUCACCCGGACAUGACUGUUGAAAACCUUCUGUCAGUUGUUCCUACAACAGCAACGUGACAUCAGUGCCUCUUUUUGUUAUGAAAACUACCAUCAAUCGAAAUGUGCCUCGUUUUCUCUUUUUCCACUUUCCUAUACUCUUUUUAUAUUUUGUAGCUCCAUAAGAAAGCACAGAAUUUGUGCCUACCAUCUUUUGUACUAUUAUUACUCGGAUUUUGAAGGGAAGUGCAGCUGCCUUAUUUCAGUUUUAAGCAGUUGACCUUAAUAUCGACAUUUGUCUUCCAAAAUGAUCAGUCACGGGAAAAUAACUUUUCUUUAGGUUUCUUACUAUUUAUGUACGCUAUCAGUAUCACCUUUUUAUUGUAGUUUCUGAUAUAGUUUUGAAUCAGUCACGUGGGACCUCCCAAAAAGGAGCGAGUAUUUUUCCAAUUACCAUUAAAGUUCAGACUUUAUCCUGUACUGUAAGUCACAUCCGUCACAAUCAUUCUGUGGGAAAUGUCAUCAAGGCCAAGUUUUCACUGACAUCUUGGCUACAGCUGCCCACAGCUCUUCCUAACAAGCACAGUAGUCUACCACGCCAAAAAAACACCAAAAACCCUCUUCCCUGUGUGAGAAAUUUGAUCCACUCUGAUAAAUGGGGAGAAGUAGCAUCAUAACAGGCUAAUUAUAGGCCCAGUUUAAGUAUUUAUGUCUACAUCAUAAUGAAGUAGGUUGCAUCGAUAUUUCCUCAGCUUUCAUAAAUAUACACUAAUAUGAA